GUCAAUGUGAAUUUGUUAACUGGUGGUUGUUUAAUUUUGCGUGAUGGCGCUUGAGCGUAAAUUCCAUCUCUUCUUGUUUUUGCUGUGUCUCAUCCCGGUGUUCUGCGAUGCCGGCUCGUGGGCUGACUUGUCCUUAAAGUCUUUCUCGCCGGUGAGGAGAGGGAGACUGCAGCUCAGCUCUUUGCCUGUCGAAUAUCGGCAGACGGUCCCGCUGUCCGUGUCGGUGCAGUGUGGAGAGAGCACAAUCGUGGUGCAGGUCAAGACGGACCUGUUCGGCACCGGGCAGCUGAUCGGCGCCUCGGAUCUCCGCCUGGGGGACUGUGCGGUCACCCGGCAGGACACCGCGGCGCAGCUCCUGAUCUUCGAGGCUGAGCUGCAGGCGUGUGGCAGUGAGCUGAUGAUGCCUGCUGAUCAGCUUGUCUACACGUUCUCCCUGCUGUACAAGCCGACUGCGCUCUCUCACUCUCCCAUUGUGAGGACGUCUCCAGCCAGUGUUGGUAUUGAAUGCCACUAUACCAGGCUGCACAACGUGAGCAGCAAUGCCCUGAAACCAACCUGGGUCCCCUUUGCCUCCACCAUGUCUGCUGCAGGUCUCCUGAACUUCUCCCUGGUGCUCAUGAAUGAUGACUGGACGUCUCCGAGGUCCUCCAUGGUGUUCUACCUGGGGGACAUCCUGAACAUCGAGGCCUCUGUCACCCAGGCUGACCACCAGCCUCUCCGGCUCUUUGUGGACAGCUGUGUGGCCACCUUGGUUCCAGACAAGAACUCGGUUCCAAGAUAUGACUUCAUUGAGAACCAUGGGUGCCUGACUGAUGCCAAAGCAACAGGUUCCAAUUCUCAGUUCAGACCAAGGUCCCAGGACCCCACUAAACUGCAACUGCAGUUGGAUGCUUUCAGGUUCUACAUGGACACCAGAAACAUGAUCUACAUCACCUGCCACCUGAAAGUAGCUGAUGCUUCCCAGAAUGUUGACCCUGUGAACAAGGCCUGCUUCUUUGCUUCUGGAGCCAGGUGGACCUCUGUAGAUGGUAGUGACCAGGUGUGUGCCUGCUGUGACAUUGGAAGCUGUAGGAGGCGCCGCAGAUCUCUACCCUUGUAUGCAAAGAGAGAAUGGGAGGGUGAUGCAGUAAUUGGUCCCAUAACUGUGCAGGAAGAGGACCCUGCCUUCCUGGGGCCUGAGGCUCGCAACCUCCUGGGAUUAAAAGAGCAGAGAUCAAAAGGUUCCUCCACAGUGGUGGCCCUGGCUGUGGUGGCAACUGCGCUGGGUGUGGUCUGUGUUGCUGUAAUAGGAGUUGGAGUUCACAGGAGGCGAAACAGAUUCAUGAUCUGAAUGUAACCUGAUCCCACUAAAUAAAAACUGAUGCAAAUCAAAGCUUG